AGAUCGCAUCAUCUGACGUCACUGCUCCCGUUAAGUUGCAACCAGGCUCUUUCUCCUGUAUGAUCCACAUGCGAUGGGAAAGUAUGAAAGCGUUGUGUAACUGUACAUGCAGGACCGGAACACUAUAGAAUGUAAUGCCACUGUAUAGGCCCUGUAAAUGUUUACGAAAGGGGAUGUAUGCCCGAUCAGUCGGUAGUGUCGAAGCCUGGAGAGAGACCCCCGCAACUUUUCUUGAUGUGUGGCAGAGGGUAGACAUUUUUGUUGGUUUACAUUAGCUACCUAGCUUCAUACUAUACGGUACUACUAAAAACCUGUAUGUAGAUUUUACAGGACCGUUAUCAAGACGACCAUGGCUAACCGACUGUCGGACCUUUUCUCGAACAGCCGCCUYGUCAUUGGAUUAUUGGCCAACUUGCUAUCAUCGAUAUGCAUCGUUUUCAUCAACAAAUGGAUCUAUGUUCACUAUGGCUUCCCGAACAUGACUCUGACUCUGAUCCAUUUCGUUGUGACAUGGCUUGGACURUGGSUAUGCCAGAAGAUGGACAUAUUUGCGCCAAAGAGUCUCCAACCCACCAAAAUUAUCUGGCUCGCUCURAGCUUCUGUGGSUUCGUGGCUUUCACCAAUCUGUCUUUACAAAACAACACCAUCGGCACUUACCAGCUGGCCAAAGUGAUGACAACUCCUGUGAUCAUUGUCAUACAGACAAUGUACUACAAGAAGACAUUCUCCACCAAGAUCAAGUUGACUUUGGUGCCCAUAACGUUAGGUGUGAUCCUCAACUCCUACUAUGAUGUGAGAUUCAACCUCCUGGGGAUGGUCUUUGCCACACUAGGAGUGUUCGUCACCUCCCUCUAUCAGGUGGUAAGUAGUGAUGCUUUGAAGUGCACUUGGACCUGUGGUGUGAAACAGCAUGAGCUCCAGGUCAACUCCAUGCAGCUACUCUACUACCAGGCCCUGUCCUCUGCCCCUUCUCUCCUCGUGCCCUUCUUCGAACCUCUCUCUGGAGGGGGCAUUUUCGGGCCCUGGUCCUUCCCAGCACUGGCCAUGGUGAUGCUAUCUGGCCUCAUAGCCUUCCUAGUCAACCUGUCAAUCUACUGGAUCAUAGGGAACACCUCUGCUGUCACCUACAACAUGUUUGGCCACUUCAAGUUCUGCAUCACCCUGUUGGGGGGCUAUGUUCUCUUCCAGGACCCCCUGUCUCUAAACCAGGGCCUGGGCAUCCUCUGUACCCUCGCUGGCAUCCUCUCCUACACCCACUUCAAGCUGGCAGAGCAGGAGGAGGGCAAAAGCAAGCUGGUCCAGAGGCCAUGAUAGGCCCACCGGAGUGCCAAUCCAUAGAGGCUGCUGCUCUCAUUG